CCCGGUUACCAGCUGUCGAGCGGGGCGUGCUGGGAUAUGUAGUCUCCAGCGGCAACAGCAACGGGGGGGCGAGGGAUCCGCCCGCGUGAUUGCCGCGGGCACGGACAGCCCUGUGUCGGGGCCCCUCGGCCACCCCCUUUCACCUCCGUGGGUGGAGAAGUGACACUGCCGGACACCUACAGGGUUUGUUGGCGCGUGGCUUGGCAGAGCUCAAUUUGGGUAGAUCGAGAUAAAGCUGCGCUGCCCCAGAGAUGCCCCGGGCUCGCUGUCCUUCCGAGCGAGCUUUACAGCCCCGACCAGGGAGAGUCAAGGCUGAAGAGUGAGACGUGCCGGGUGUUUGUAGUGCUGCCUCCUCUCAUACACACUGAAGAAUAUCUGAUUUCUGCAUCAAAUGGUAAUCAACAAACUCCUCUUACAGCUUCUCUAUCUCAGGCUUUGUCCUUCUGAAGCAAAGAACAUUCUUGAUUCAACUGAUGAAGGUGCCUUUCAAUUAGAAAUUUUAAGGCUCCAGAGCUCAGAUGACUUGAAGACAAAAUUGAGAGAAGUAGGACUUUGUGAUUUCUGGACUCAAUAUGCUGACCAGUUUCAGAAUAGCCACUAUCUAUCUAUCUUUUAAUAAUGUUUGGAUCAACAUACCUCUGCAAAUCUGAGUUUUCUACCAUAAACAUUAUUUAAAAAACCAACACUGCAAUUAUCUGGCAGAUUAGCAUCUUCACCAGUGCAUGCCCCUUGCCCUGACCUCCUACAAACCUCUCUUCACAAAGUUUGCCAGAGAUCAUUGAUACCACUUCUCCAAUUAGAGAUUGCCACAAACACAGUUGUCUAACAGUAAACUGGGAUUUUGAAAGUUAAGAAAAAGGCCUUGGAUAGAAUCCUGGCUUGUUUAUACAGAAGAUAAGGAGAACCAACUUCUGCAUUUCUGCUACAAAAAGAAAACAAACAGCAAAUUUAGGGCCAGAGUCUGACACCAUUUACUCCUAUUGAAAUCAGUGUGAAUACUCAUGGAGGAAGGUCCUGCUCAAUACAAGGAAUGGUGGCAGAGUAAGAAAUUAGUUGGGUUUCCUAAGUUACUUUAAAAAAAAAAGUAUUAAUGCUACAGAUCUCAGACAUGUGGGAGAUGCUGCUGAGGCAACAGACUGUCAUGCCAACUCCCCAUAAAGGCCUGCGGUAAUCAAGAAGAUAGUGCUACAAAUGGUUCCCCAGACAAUGUAGAUGCAGCAAGGUUGAGUGAUCCAGAAGAGCAAAGACGCUGCAGUUUCAGAAGAAACAACUUUCGUUUGAGAGAGAUUUGGAGCAACGAAGGCUGGAAGAUUGAGAAAAAGAAGCACCAGCACAAUGAGAAGAAGCAUCAACAUGAGCAAAAAGAGAAGGACAUGUAGUAACAGCACAAACACAACAUGCAGAGACAGUGCCAGAAAACUCCUGUUCUGGAUUUUCUGUCGUUGUUGUUGGAAGUCCAGAAAGUCCCGACGAAAGGUAAAGGGUUCUGCUGCUUAGGUCCCUUUGGGAAGAUGGGAAGCAAGGCUCUUCCAGCUCCGAUCCCACUCCACCCUUCACUGCAGCUCACUAACUACUCCUUCCUCCAGGCUGUGAACACCUUCCCAGCAGCUGUGGACCACCUACAAGGUCUUUAUGGACUCAGCGCGGUGCAGACCAUGCAUAUGAACCACUGGACAUUGGGAUAUCCCAAUGUGCAUGAAAUCACCAGGUCUACCAUCACGGAGAUGGCUGCAGCUCAGGGCCUGAUGGAUGCCAGAUUCUCUUUCCCAACGCUACCUUUCGCCACACACCUCUUUCACCCAAAGCAAGGGGCCAUCGCCCAUGUAAUCCCAGCUUUACAUAAAGACAGACCCAGGUUUGAUUUUGCCAAUCUGGCCGUGGCCGCCACGCAGGAGGACCCACCAAAGAUUGCAGAUCUGACCAAGCUGAGUCCAGGACUUGGAAGUCCCAUCUCAGGGAUCAGCAAACUGUCUCCGGACAGAAAGCCUUCCAGGGGCAGGUUACCUUCCAAAACGAAAAAAGAGUUUAUCUGCAAGUUCUGCGGCAGACACUUUACCAAAUCCUACAACCUGCUCAUCCACGAGAGAACCCACACAGACGAGCGGCCCUAUACCUGUGACAUCUGCCACAAGGCUUUCCGGAGACAGGACCACCUCCGAGACCACAGAUAUAUCCAUUCCAAAGAAAAACCUUUCAAAUGUCAGGAAUGUGGGAAAGGAUUCUGCCAAUCCAGAACUCUAGCAGUUCAUAAAACUUUACAUAUGCAGGAAUCUCCACACAAAUGCCCCACAUGUGGAAGAACCUUUAAUCAGAGAAGUAAUCUGAAAACUCACCUUCUUACCCAUACAGACAUCAAGCCCUACAACUGUGAGCAGUGCGGCAAAGUGUUCAGGCGAAACUGUGAUCUGCGGCGGCACAGUCUAACUCACACCCCGCGGCAGGACUUCUAGAGCAGCCAAGGACCUGCACCUGCCUCUGCAGCUCCAAGUUGCUAAUUUUGCUCAAGGACUUAAUUGUAGAAAGCUACACACACACACACACACACACACACUGGGGCCGAGACCGCAUACCACACUCCAGCAAAAUUCCCUUAGGGAGUUGUGGACUGCAGGAUCGGGCUCCACUCCUAUCCACACAAAGAGCAUAUGCUAGUCUCUUGUAGAUAUUCGCAGCUCAUUUUAGAGCUCUGUACAGAAUGUGGUUUUUUUUUUCAUAUUGUCCUGUUGGAUGCACAUUGAUAACAAAUCUGGGAGUCAAAAUAUCUUUAAAAAGUGUAUUUCAAAAUACCCCCCCCCAUACCUCCUGCUUUGUCGUAUUACUUUCCUAAACAUUUUGUUCUUCUGCUGUGUCAGCUGCAAUAGUAACUUAUAUUGAAUAAAUUUCCCCAUCUGGGCAAUUGUAUUGUCACAACGUUUCUGAAAAGUGUUCUUGUUUUCGCUUUUAUGACUGCUGCUUUUGUGUUAUCUAUUGUAAAAUAAAAUGAAAGUGCCCGUAUUUACAACUCCAUUGCUUAAUAGCUUGAAUGUCUACAUUAAGUAUUAGCUUUUGUAAUUUUUUUUAUUGAAUUAACGACUUUUUAAAAAGAAAUAGUUGCAAAUAAACAGUGCCUGGGAAAUAAUGUAUACAACAAUCCCUAAACCAAACUGGCUUAUUAGUAACUU